AUAUUUUUAAAUGCGUAAUAUCUAUAGCGGUAACGCGAUAAAUUAGGUAAAGUUUGAAACUUUGAAAGACUAAUUCGAUUAGAAAGGAUAUUCAUAUGUAACAUUUACCAAUCCUUUACGGUUCAAUAAAAUAUAUUUGCUACACGGUUCGUGAAAAAGGUUGUUGCGAGACAUUCUUCUUUUGACAUGGUAUGAUAAUAUUCAAAUAAGACAAACAUGACGGAAGAAAUUCAAAAAAAUUUAAAAACAGAAAUAGACAAAUAUAAACAGGUUCAAAAAGAUUACCACAAAGCAUUGAGUCAAAGACAACAGCUGGAUGGGCAAUUGAAUGAAAAUAUUGCGGUUAAGAAAGAAUUGGAUCUUUUGAAAUCUCAAGAUGAUGUUUUCAAACUAAUUGGACCAGUUCUAAUAAAACAGGACUUGGAAGAUGCAAAGCAGAAUGUUGCUAAACGGAUGGAAUACAUCCAGUCUGAAUUGAAACGGGUGGAGGAAAUGAUAACUACAUUAGAUAAGAAGCAAGAUACGCAUCGGGAAACAUUAGAGAAGUAUCAACAAAUGUUUGAACAGGCUCAGGUGAAAGCAAUGCUUUCUCAACCAAAGGCAUAAUUUUGCAUUUGAAAUCUAAAGGAAUUGCAACAUUAUAUCAAUGUCAUUCUAUCCUUGAUCAAGAAAGAAGAAAACGAGGAACAAAGAUUACCUAAUUGCAAAAUAAAUUGAAAGUUUGUUACUCUUAGAAUACACCUGCAUUUGUAUGUAUCUUAUAGGUUCAAAGGCUUAUUGCCUUUAAAAAGUUAAUAAAUUCAGUCACAACAUUGAAA